AUGGAUAGUUACCGUUUAGAUGUCAAGAGUGGAAUAAGACAAUUAAAAUUAAAACUUCUAAACUACGAAGCUAUACUCCAAAAGUUAGCAGAAAUGAGAAGACUUUACCAGAGCUACUUACAUGUAAGGGACUUACCUUCAAGCAAUCCGACCAAAGAUGAAUUUUCUGACAUUGUCCCAAUUUUGUCCGAAAGUCAGCUCAGAUGUUUUGAACUGCUCCCAACAUAUCCAGAAUAUGAACGUUUGCCUGAACUCUUCCGCAAUCUCAAAAAACGUUUUUUGGUUCUCAUGUUCGAAACUUUUAUCGGAAGAGACAACAAACGUUCAGAAGAAGAACAAGAUAUUAUUUUAAACUUGUUGUAUGACUUAACCGUCAUAACAAGCUUUUUGAAGUAA